UCUCCCCUCUCUCUCUCCCUCUUGUCAUUGCCUUCCUCCCCUUUAGGCAAUGACAGAGUAUAAUUAAGCUGAACAAACAACAUUGCUAGGAGCUUGGAAAAACCUAACAAAACCGGCGUAUCCAUUUUAGCUAAUCUUUCUUUAAUCUCCCCCCAUUAGAGAGCACUUAGAAGAUAUAGGAGUCGGUUGGAUAGCGAGAGAGAGAGAGAGAGUGAGAGAUCCAUGGAGAGGUAUCACGACGGCAAAGACUUGGACACCUCCAGCUACCCGCUUGUCGCCGUCUGCAUCGACAAGGACAAGAACAGCCAGAACGCCCUCAAGUGGGCCAUCGACACACUUGUCCAAAAGGGCCAGAUCAUCGUGCUCGUCCAUGUCAACACCAAAGGCACCUCAGGUGGAGUGGAGGACGCCUCCGGCUUCAAGCAGCCGACGGACCCGCACAUGAGGGAUCUCUACCGCACUUUCCGCUGCUUCUGCACGCGCAAAGACGUAAGUGGCGUUCAAGGUGUUCGAUCAAAUGCGGCAGCCACACUGAUCCUUCCAUCUUCGCGCUCGCGGGUGUGUGCGUGCGUGCGUGCAGAUCCAGUGCAAGGACGUGCUGCUCGACGACCACGACGUGGCCAAGUCCAUCACCGAGUUCUGCGCGGUCGCCGCCAUCGAGAAGCUCGUCGUCGGCGCCACGGCGAGGGGCGGGUUCAGGUUCAAGGCCGACAUCCCGACCACCAUCUCCAAGGGCGCGCCGGACUUCUGCACGGUGUACGUCAUCAACAAGGGGAAGGUGUCGUCGGUGCGGAACUCCACCCGCCAGGCGCCGCGCGUGUCGCCGCUCCGGUCGCAGAUCCAGAACAUGGCGGCCGCCGCGGCGAAGCCCGAGCCGGCGACGGCGAUGGCGCCCACGCCGCAGAAGUGGUCGUCGUCGUCGAGGGGCCACGACCACCUGGAGACGCCCAAGGUGGACAGCUACAUCCGCUCGCCGUUCGCGCGCGGCCCGAUGGGCGGUGCCACGCGCAAGUCGUACGCCGACCUCAGCCACCUCUCCAUGCCGGACUCCGCCGACAUCUCGUUCGUCAGCUCCGGCCGCCGCAGCGUCGAGCACAACCCCGUCCCGGCGCGCCUGUCCGCCGCCUCGGCCGAAAGCUACGACCACAGCUUCGAGACGUCGCGCACGCCGUGGGGCGGAGACUCCUUCGGCGGCAACGACCACACCUCCUUCUCCCAGAGCAGCACCUCCUCCUUCUGCUCCAUCGGCAUGGACGACGUGGAGACGGAGAUGAAGAGGCUUCGGCUGGAGCUGAAGCAGACCAUGGACAUGUACAGCACGGCGUGCAAGGAGGCGCUGAACGCGAAGCAGAAGGCGAUGGAGCUGCAGCGGUGGAAGGCGGAGGAGGAGCAGAGGACGCACGACGCGAGGCUGACGGAGGAGUCGGCGAUGGCGCUGAUCGAGCGGGAGAAGGCCAAGGCGAAGGCCGCCAUGGACGCCGCGGAGGCGUCGCAGCGGAUCGCCGAGCUCGAGGUGCAGAAGCGGAUCACCGCGGAGAAGAAGCUCCUCAAGGAGGCCGAGGACCGCAAGAACCGCGGCGGCGGCGGCGGCGGCAUGUCGCACGAGAUCCGCUACCGCCGCUACAGCAUCGAGGAGAUCGAGCACGCCACCGAUCGUUUCAACGACGCGCGCAAGAUCGGCGAGGGCGGCUACGGCCCGGUGUACAAGGGCCACCUCGACCACACGGCGGUCGCCAUCAAGGUGCUCCGCCCCGACGCGGCGCAGGGGAGGUCGCAGUUCCAGCAAGAGGUGGAGGUGCUCAGCUGCAUCCGCCACCCGAACAUGGUGCUCCUCCUCGGCGCCUGCCCGGAGUACGGCUGCCUCGUGUACGAGUACAUGGCGAACGGCAGCCUCGACGACUGCCUGUUCCGGCGCGGCGGCGGCGGCGGCGGCGGCGGCGGGCCGGUGAUCCCGUGGCAGCACCGGUUCCGCAUCGCCGCGGAGAUCGCCACGGGCCUCCUGUUCCUCCACCAGACGAAGCCGGAGCCGCUGGUGCACCGCGACCUCAAGCCCGGCAACAUCCUCCUCGACCGCAACUACGUCAGCAAGAUCAGCGACGUCGGGCUGGCGCGGCUCGUGCCGCCGAACGUCGCCGACAACGUGACGCAGUACCGGAUGACGUCGACGGCGGGGACGUUCUGCUACAUCGACCCGGAGUACCAGCAGACGGGGAUGCUCGGCGUCAAGUCGGACGUGUACUCGCUGGGCGUGAUGCUGCUCCAGAUCAUCACGGCCAAGCCGCCGAUGGGGCUCACCCACCACGUCGGCCGCGCCAUGGAGCGCGGCGCGCUCGCCGACAUGCUCGACCCGGCCGUCCCCGACUGGCCCGUCGAGGAGGCGCAGUGCCUCGCCGAGAUGGCGCUCCGCUGCUGCGAGCUCCGCCGCAAGGACAGGCCCGACCUCGGCUCCGCCGUGCUCCCGGAGCUCAACCGGCUUCGCGCGCUCGGCGAGGACAACAUGCAGUUCUGCGGCGCCAUCAGAGGCGGCGUUGGCGGCGGCUUGUACAGCUCGUCCCUCCUCAGCACCCCCUCGCGCUCACAAGCAGCAGUAACUGGACUAACCUUUCUUCCUCCCCUAAAUUCUUUCAAUUCAGAGGAAUUUUAAGAUUCUUGAGAAAGUAUUUUGAGGUACCUAAAUUUUACAUUAAUUUUUUUUAUACCGAGAUACUCCCUCCGUCCAAAAGAAAAAAACGAAUCUGGAUAUGAUGUGACAUAUUCUAUUACAAUAAAUCUGGAUAGAGGUAUGUUUAAAUUCAUAGUACUAUGAUGUGUCACAUCUAAUACUAGAUUAUAUUUUUAUGGGAUGGGGAGAGUACUUAGUAUCUAGAGGUAUCAAAUUUUACACUUGAAAAUAUGGUACCUAUAGGUACCUUCUUAAGAAUGAUAAAACUACCCUUCAAUUUAACACAACCUUUAAAAAAAACAUUCGACUGAACACACAGCUACUCAAACAAAUCGAACAAAUCUUUCAACUUAACAAAGCAACUAAAUUUGCAGGAGUUCAUGGGCGAUUCACAAUACCCAAGAUCGGUGUUCAGCUCAAGGACGGGUGAAUCACCGAUGCCUCUGAGAAGAUCAAACGUUUGACACCUCGACCGUCGAAAAAUCUCGUAGCAUUUGUUCGGAGAUAUACAGUUUUGUUGUUCCAAGAUGGCAUUGUUGUUGUGGACACUGUGAUUUACAAGUCCGUGUGAUCAGAGCUGCCUUAGCAUUGAUGAGGUGAGGGGAGCAGGAUCGAGCAGGUUGGGGGCAAAAGGUUCCUUGCAUAAAAGUUGCUACUAGUUUAUACAGAAUCAUAUGGCUCUAACAUUGCUGUUGAUGCAAUUUGUGACUUUGUUGAGUGUAAUCGAAUUCCCUGUAGUUUUGACACGGCAUUUUGUGGAGUGGAAGGAAUUCUUGAUUUUGUUGACUGAUGACUAAAAUUUCUGGAGUGGCUACUCAGCAUUCGGCCAAUA